AUGAAUUCAACAAAUCCGGCAAGUGUUUUAGGUUUUGGUACAUGGCAGCAGAUUGUAGAUAAAUUCUUAUACUGUGCUAAUUCAUCAAAUCAAACGGGUGGUUCAAAGAAAAUUACUGAAGCGAAUCUUCCACCACAUAAGCAUACAGGAACUACAAGUGAUUCUGGAGACCAUCAACAUACUAUUGAUCGUAGUUUCUUAAAUCAAUGA